CGCUUCGUGGCAGCAAGCUUCACAUUUGCACAAGCACUCGAAGAGAGAAGUUUAUCUCAAAAGAUCGCUGUUUAAUCAAGCUAAAUUUAAGGUAAGAAUCUUUAGUCUUUUACUGUGAAUUUGCUUUAGCCUUCGUCAAUCGAAGGGCGACUUAUAUAUGUUUUUGAAACGCGACUAAAUUCAUGAACCGUUCGCUAAUAGAAUUCGUUCAACUGAUAUUUUUUUCUGCAUGAGUGUCGCCACGUGUAUUGUACGGGCUUUCAAACUUUUGGCUAUUUCUUAACGUUUUCGAUAAAAUCUUGUAGCAUUUAACUUCAGAAUCCUUGUCUUUUGUCUUCCUAUAACUUAUAUUUCUUUUCUUGCAAUUUUAGGCCAGAAAGUUCCGCGAGAAAUUCGCUCAAGCCAUAGACUGGCCACAAAGUCAGCGGGGAUAUAUAACCAGGUAAAUAUAUGUAAUAUUUCUCUAUAAAUAUUUGUCCUAAAAUAGAAUGAACGCUUACUUUUAAGAAUUGUUAAGCAUCCUGGUAGAAUUAUAGUCUUCUUAGUCUAAAUUUUGGUCAACUUUUCUCAAGAUAAUACCUAAAAUGAAAGCUGUAUGCUUUACUCAAACGGUUUGGUUGUACUUCAUCUGUACUGUACAGUUUGUCCACAAUUUUGUACGAUAUUUUCUAGACUUCCCAGUCGAAAAUUCUCAAAUUAAUUUGCUAUUUCUUUGAGCUUAUGUUGCAAUUAGACUGACAGUUUUGUUCUAAAUAGCUCGCCGUUCGCUUAUUAACAAUUCUGAAGCGAAUUCUGUUUAAUUCGACUAAAUAUUAAUGCUGAAUUUUACUGUAAAAUGCUUCCAUACGAGUAUACGCGUUCAAUUAUUGAUGUAUUUUUUAUUUUUCUUCCAGGUGCAAAAUUUAAUGAAGUGUAACGACCCGCAAAAAUGAUAACCCUUUCAACAUGCACGAGUAAGUACAAUUUAAUGCAUUUGCCAUGAUAGUUUCGUCUAAGUCACAUGUGAGAAUAAUUCUAGCUUCAAAUUCGGGUACUCCGAAUUCCUGUCGUAACACACAGGCGUUAUGGAUUUCUGCAUGCCUUACAUAAUAAUUUUUUGUUCUGUGCGUAUAACACGCGUUCAAAACCAAUUCCGAUUACAUUCAAAUUUGUAUUUUUCGACACAUUUCUCAAUCGGCAAGCAAACUUAGAGCUUUAUGUGUAAAAUAACGCUAAAAUGAAUUGAUUUUAAAUGGUGAAAAAAAGAGAAAAUUAUGUUUGAAGUUCAGUAUAUGUUUUGCUGAGGUAUUGCUGUAAAUAUUGGCGUCACUUUUAAAGCAUCGUUGCUAAUUGUAGUUCAUUUUACUUUUCAGGUUGGAAGGAGGAAACCCGCGCUUGGGCGGACAAGGAUUUUUUUACCUGCACAUUUUUAUUUUUGAGCCCGAUUUUUUUCAUACUCAGUCGUCGUCAGGACGCAAGAUUUCAGAGACAAGGAGACGAGAAGAGCCCAGCUCGUCUGCCUUCAUUUCAAAACUCGCACAUCAUCCAAAACUUAAGUGUGUGCAUGAAAACAUGCUUAGGACUCUCCUAGGGGCUAGUUUAGGAUGAUAUGACAAACGAGCGUGAUGAACUCGUCAGAUUGAGUUAGUUAGGACUCAAUGCGUGAGAUAAACGCUUAGCCAGUCCCCUCGGUAUCUACCCCAAAACAUGUUCGCACAUUUUAUUUUUGUUCAAUGCUCAAUGUGGAGCACUCGUGGAAAAGAAGAAGAUUAAUGGUGGAUGAAGAUUCAGAAGGUAUUGUAUUGUAUUGUGUUCUAUAUAUUAUUUAUAUUAUCAUUCAGGGUUUCUAAAAAAAGUUAGUGACCCUCUAGAAAGUUAGUAGUUUAGUCUAGUCUUAACCACACAAUUACACUAUACUUAUUCAUGUUUUAUUUUGUUGUUUUAGAAAACGGAAGCCUUUAUGAUGGGAUGUCUCUUACGAAUGCGAAUGCAAGUUGGCGUAAGCUGAUGAGACUGAUGGCUCGAGCAUUUCCCCAGAGGUUUGCACCGGGUGCUCCAGUUUUUAGCCAACAUCACAGAGUGUCUCUGGGUACUCCAGAUUUAAAUAAACACCACAGAUUGUCUCUGGGUAAUCCAGAUUUAAAUGAACACUACAAAUUUACACAGAGUAGCCCGGAUUUAGUCGAGCAUCGCAGAUUGUUUCUGGGUACUCCAGAUUGAAGCAAACAUCACAGAUUUUCGCCGGGUACUCCGGAUUAAUUAAACACAACAGGGUUUCUCGAAUAUAGUCGCCUAAGUGGUGACGUCAGCAGUGAUUUGAGGUAGUCAGACUUCAAUGAGGUAUGGAUGCUGAAAACAUUCUAGCAAAACGCUUAAACGAAGAACGAAAUGCCGAAUCCCGUGUGCAAAUUCUCAGUGAUCUGAAGGUUGCGGUAGUGUAGGUCUAUGUGAGCAGUCCAGUGAUUCUCCAGCUCAGUUUCUACAACUAGAGCAUGCGCAGAACGGUUGAUAGCGAUGUUGAUUUCACGUGAUUUCCCGCGAGUUGUCCCUGCCCUCAGAUUUGAUGGAGAAGUACGUUGGAAAGGCGCCUUCCUAUAUGCGUGCUUUUUGUUUGAGUCUGGUGGAAGGGGCAUUUCAACCGGAAGCCUCGGGAAAUCGAUAUCGCUAUCCAUCGUUCUGCGCAUGCUCCAGUUGCAGAAACUGAGCUGG